ACACAAACAAUCUGAAGAGGGCUACUUGCUUAAAACUGUGGGGAAGUUUGGGUGUUUGUUGCUUUUAUGUGUUAUAGUGGUCUUAUUUAAUAUGAUGCAAAGUGACGCCAGGAAGCCGGAUCCAGUAAGACCCGGACCACACAGUGUAUCACAAGUUCGCAAGGUUCACACCAGAAAGAUCCCUUACAGAGUUGGAUACAGCUGGAACAGAGGUGGAAGACUCAAGGAGCUGAGAAUAAGGCACCUGGCGAGGAAGUUCCUGAAGAUAUGGAUGCAGAACACCUUUGGACGAAUUCUCCCUCAAAAAGCCAAGUCCCACUAUAACAGUGUGGUUUUGAGACAAGCCUUUGACGGAUGGAGAGACGAGUGGUGGACGUCCAGGAGGGAGUGGAGUCUUUCAAUGCGGGCCGAGUGUCACUACAAGUAUUAUCUGUAUAACUUGGCGUUCCAUAGCUGGCAAUCAUUCAUGUUAUUACAGAGGGAAAAGAAGAUCAAGGUCCAAAAUGCUCAAUCAUUUGCUGACAGGCAAAGGAUGCGUCUGGUUUGGGAACGAUGGGAGGUUUUCACAGAAAUGAGGCGAAUGAAGAACAGAAUGCUUCAAUCUGCCAUUGAACAGAACAGACUGACAACACUGCAGUCAGCGUGGAGUGUGUGGCGGAUUCGGCUGCAGCAGCAUCAAGACUUUCACACUUUAGAGGAUCAAGCCCUGAAACAGUGGUCUCUGGCUUUACAGAGCAGGACUUGGCUUCGGUGGAAAGAAAUUCACUCAGCUGCUUGUUGCCAGAAAGAGAAAGAAUCCAGAGCUGAACUCCACUUCAUCCUCAGACUGAAAAGAAAAACAUUACAUCGUUGGAAAAGUUAUGUGUCUACUCUCCAGACCAAGAAAAAGUCUCAAGCUGUGGCUCGGCGUGCACACAACCUUAGCCUCAUGACGAUUUGUUGGAGUAAAUGGAGCAGUGUGUUGCAUCAUAAACGGAGCGAGGAAGACCGUGUGCAAGCUGUGGGGCAUUUGGCCGUACGGAUCAUCCAGCGCGGAGCACUGGAGCACUGGAGAGCUUAUGUGACAUUGUGCAGAGAAGAGGCUGAAAGAAACAGGAUUGCAAGUCAACAUCAUCAUCAUCAUCUGCUGCGUGCUGGACUGCAGGGACUUUCUCUUAAUGUCAUCAGGAACAAAACACACCGACUGAACAACAACAUGGCUGUCCAACAUUAUCAUCAAACUAUGACAUGUAGGUAUUGGAGGCAGUGGCAGGACUGUCUGGAGGAAGCUGAAGACAAGAGCUUUCAACACUUAACAGAAAUGGCUAGGACUAACCACAGCACCUCCCUGCUGAGCAGCGGCUUUCACCACUGGAGAGAAAAACUUUCUGAGCAGAGACACAUGCAGGAACUGGAGCAUCAUGCAGACAUUUGGUUUGCUGAACGCAUGUUGCCUCGGUGUUUUGACGCGUGGGUUGAGUUUACUCUGCAGAGAAGACUCCAUAAACAAAGGAGACACCAGGCAGAAGUUUAUAACAGGCAGCGUCAGUACAGUUGGGUGUUUUACACCUGGUGGGGAAAAUCAGAGGAACACAAGGAGCAGAUGCUUUCUGAGCGGAUGGCGAUCCUACACGAGGAGCGCUGCCGCCUGCAGAGAGCCUGGACUCGCUGGAGGGAACGGACGGAGCAGCAGCUCGAUGAAGAGGAGAAAGAAGAGGCUUCAGACCGCCUGUACCUGCACAGACUGCUCCACAACACCAUGACACAGUGGAAGGGCAACAGCACAGAGAUACGAGACAGGAGAAAUCUGGAGCAGCAGUCUUGUCAUCAGGGGGACCUGUGCUGCAUGAGAUGGGCUGUGGGUAAAUGGAAAAAGUUUGUUCAGAGCCAGAGAAAGAAGAACAGCCGGCUGAAACAAUUGCAGCGUUACCAUGAAGUUAAACUCCUCAAACGCACGUUUGUCGCCUGGAAGAAACUCCACCUAAAGACGUGUCAGAUCUAUGCCCAUGCAGAGGAACUUCACAGGCUACAAAAACAGAACUUUCUCAGGACGGCUCUAUGUGUUUGGAGGGAGAACGCAGAGCUGCAGACAGAGAUCAGGCUCACAGAGGAACAAGCACAGAGUCACUUUCAACAUUUCCUUCAGCUUAAGGUGUUUCUUGCUUGGAGAGAAGCAACAGCACAUGCAGUGUCGAAGCGCCACCAGCAGGGGGAAGCAGUCAACCAGGCUCAGAGGUCAAUAAAUGAAGUGCGGCUGCUGCGGUCUUUCAGACAAUGGAGGAAGAAGACCAGGAAGGCUCGGAACGAGAGGAAGUGCAUGGAAAAAGCCAGGCAGCACCACAACGCAAAACUCCUUUCUAAAGCAUUGAAAGCCUGGAAUAAGCAUCACAGCCAGUGUCAUAAAAAUAAGGUAAUGAAACGACAGGGAAUCCUGCUGCUGAGAUUAAAGGUGUACCAGACGUACUAUGAACAGUGGAAGAUAAAGCUGCAGCACAGACGGAGAGAGGAGAAGCAGACGGAGCGAGCGCUCUGGCACUGGUCCCUCACUCUUCAGGCCAAGGUUUUGUUGGGAUGGAGGCUGUGGGUCACAGAGCAGCGCAGGAAACAAGAGCAGGCGGCCAGAGCUGCGCAGGUCUACAGAGACCAGCUGCUGAGGGAGGGCGUGACCUGCAUCCUCACAUACGCUGCUCACAUGAACGAUCUCACAACUAGCAUCACACAACACAGCCAAGAGCAGAGGUCUCGACAUCUCCAGAGGGUGGUGAAGCGUUGUGCGAUGCGGUGGAAGCAGCGAGCGCUGUCUAAACCACGAAGAGAGCAAGAGGUCAAAGGGCAACCAACCAAAAAGAGCGUGACCUUCUGUUUGACGACACCUCCUGGCCUGAAGAGUGUUUCACAGUCUGACUCCGAGGAGCAGGAAGUUGAAGAGGGAGUGCUGAGCCAGCUAGCUCUAAGACGCACGCUUCGACCUCGGCCACGACGCUGCGAGGAACUGUUUGAGUCUCCAAUGACAAUAAACUCCAGUGCUGAAGCAGCUCCAGACCCCUCACAGUUCAGUCGUCCAUCACAGGAAGACCUUCGUACAGCGCCGUCCUGCCGCCAUGCUGUGACCUCCACACGUCAGAGCAUCAUCAUGUCUAACGUGUUCCCCUCAGAACGACACACAUCCACUGUGGACUCUCCUCAGGAGAUUCAAAGCCAAGACGUUCUUUUACCCCCCUCUGCUUUCAUGACGACUGGGACCGAAGAUACGGGGGGACACAGCUCAGGUUUUGGGGAUGUUCCACUCGUGUCUCCUCAUCAGUUUGUGCCUCCCUUUAAACAACAAUCAUCAGCUUAUUCAGAUGAACAUCUGCGAACAUCCAAUAGAGAAACUGUAGAAGAUGCAGCGACGGAUCCGACUGCAGCUCUGACCAGAGAACUGCUGAGCAUCCAGCUGGACAUGAAGACAUACAGACAGGACAGGAAGCAGCUACGGGCGUGGCAACAACUAAAAGAGGUGUUACAAAGUUGGCUGCAGACCAGCGGAGAGGAGGAACAAAUGGAAAAAUAUGCUGUUUGUCAAGAUUUGAAAGAGUUGGAGGAGCGCAUCAACAGACUGUCCACUGAACUGGCAAAACAGAAACCAACAAUGCUGCUACAUGCAGAGAGGAUCCGGCAUCUACAGACCGCCCUCGAGGCUUCUGGAGCUUUUCUUCUCCAUCAGAAAACAAAAGAGAUGGAAACAGAUCGCUGUGUGUUUACAACAUGACAGGAAAUAUUGCCUCACACACAGCAAUGUCACCUGCUCCUUGUUUGGACUGUUAAUCUGCUUAUAUCACAGUUCUGUAAAUAACACAAGAAUCACUGGGAUAAUUUUCACAGUUUAGAUGAACAUUCAUACUGCGACUGCACUGAACUGGUGAGCUGGAAACUGGAUAUCUUAAUGUCCACAUAAUGCUGUUAAAUAAUUCCUGUUGAAUAUUAUGUUAACAGUGUUAAAAGUGACUGAGCAAAUCCACAACCAUUAAAGCCAAGUUCCUUCCAGCAGCUUUCACUUAAAACCUGCAAAAACAUUGGAUAGGGGUCGUCCUUGUGACAGAUGGUGCUAAAUAUUUUCCAUAUGUGCGCAAAAAGUCACUUUACAGUUUUCAGAGGAGCUGCCCUUACACAACAGGCUUUCUAUUUAUCUGAAAGCACGAGUGUCUUUAAUACUUUAAGAAGUCUAUGCAGGAGUUUCAGACUAACAGAAAGCACAGCUGUCUGUUGAGCUCUGCAAACUACAGAAGACACAUUUGUCUUUGAUCUAAAGCAGGGCAGAAUGCGAGGAUUUUUACUAGUUUUCAUCUGUUUCUGCUGCAUCAGGGGUGAGUUAUGUUACUGAACUAGUGUAUUUACUCUCAUUGUUAAGUUAUUUUAUGUUCAUAUUCAGUCUCAAUGUGCUGUUAAAGUUCAAAGUCUUUAUUAUCUUUGUAGAUGUUGGAUUUUGGAUUCUCUCUUUCUGGGGCUUUUGGUGGACAAUUAAUAAAACUGAUUUAAACAGUAUAAA